AUGCAAAACCAUUCGUAUCGACGAAAAAGCUCUCGAUUUAAUUUAGUUCAUUUUACUUUUAAAAAACGUCAGGCUCUUAUUGAUUUGAUCUGGCCGGCUUUCCAGCAUCCAUGUCAUGAUGUCCUCAGCUGCCACGUCGCAUGUCUAGGACGUGAGCCCCCAUUUACACGCAUUUCUAGAAAACCAAUUUCCGACACCCAGCACACUAACCACCAUCGGACAUUACCACUUUCUUUUGCUUCACUUCGAGAUUCUGAUGGACCUCCAAUGUGUUCUGAUUACAUAUGGUGUUCUGGUGACGGCCUCCGCCCUGAAUCAGUGCUUUUACCUGCCUGUCGCAGAAUCCUUGCUGACCUAAUCUCCGCUUCCAAUCCGCCCCCCAUCGGAAUGGCUUUGGCUUCUCGGAUCUCGUUCCGUCGCAUUCCUCAUCACGAGUUAUCUUCAGCCUUAAUAUAGACGUCUAGUCAUGGUUUUUGGCUCACCUUUAAUUCUUUCGAUCAACCACCACCUGAUUUUCCCUCCUACGGUCUGCACGUUUUUUCUAGAAAUAUGAGCAUUGGACAAAGUGCCAGUGUUUGCAUUGUUCCUUCAACUGAACAUAAAAGUUAUACCUUGUUAAUUUUUCUUAAUGUUCUGGUUUACUUUGUCCCCAAUCUUCGCUACUCCAGCAACCGAGAGCUCAAAUAG